GGCCGCCCCGGGCGCCCAGCGGUGAUGGGGGCGCUGCUGGCGCUCUGGCUCCUCCUGGGCUGGCUGCGCUGGAGCCCAGCGGGUGCUCAGCAGUCCGGAGAAUACUGCCACGGCUGGGUGGACGUGCAGGGCAACUACCAUGAGGGCUUCCAGUGCCCGGAGGACUUCGACACGCUGGACGCCACCAUCUGCUGCGGCUCCUGCGCGCUGCGCUACUGCUGCGCCGCGGCCGACGCCAGGCUGGAGCAGGGAAGCUGCACCAACGACCGCGGCGAGCUGGAGCACCCCGGCAUCACCGCGCAGCCUGUCUACGUUCCCUUCCUCAUCGUUGGCUCCAUCUUCAUCGCCUUCAUCAUCCUGGGCUCCCUGGUGGCUGUUUAUUGCUGCACCUGCUUGAGACCCAAGGAGCCCUCACAGCAGCCCAUCCGCUUCUCCCUCCGCAGCUACCAGACAGAGACCCUGCCCAUGAUCUUGACCUCCACAAGCCUCAGGGCACCUUCCAGGCAGUCCAGCACGGCCACCAGCUCUAGCUCCACGGGGGGCUCUAUCCGCAGAUUCUCCUUCGCCAGAGCAGAGCCAGGCUGCCUGGUGCCAUCACCGCCCCCCCCUUACACCACAGGCCACCAAAUCCACCUGACGCAGCCAUCAGGUUUCCUGGUGUCACCCCAAUACUUCACCUACCCGCUCCAGCAGGAGCCCCCACUGCCCGGGAAGAGCUGUCCGGACUUCAGUUCCAGCUGACAGGCCACAGAGAUAAAUCCAGCCAGCAGGACAACCGGGAAGACAGGUGGAGGGUUGUCGCCAUGGCCACAAGGACUUCUGGGGGAUUUCCCUUGAACCCAGCAAUGUCCCGGAGGAAUGUGCUAGGAAAAUACAGCGCCUUCCUAGUCCUACGCUUCCCGGCUCCGAUCACAGGAUGGGUGUGUUACAGAAUUGCUUUCUGGCUUGCAAAUCAUGGUGAUUAUUACGUUUCAGUUUGCGCUACUUUUAUUCAAAAUAGGGAGCUGCUCGACUUUAAAGUUGCAAAUUGGCUGAAGAUGUGUUACUGGACAGCUCAGCUAUACUGUUUAGAAAAGGCCUAUGUGUUCUUUUUUUCAACCCAAGUUGUUUAGUGAGUCAUAAUACACAUCUAUACAUCAACAAGCAAAGAAAAACACCUGAUGGUAAUUAUUGAAAGUUCUUUUUAAAAAAAAUUAACAAAUCAGCAACAUGAGGGGACAGCUGAACAACCUAUUUAUGAUUCGGGGAGCAACUUAACCAUGAAUAACAUUAGCAUUGUGAGAAAAGUUACUUUUUAAAUUAAUAACUAAAUUUUGUUUAAAAUAUAAGUGUGUUUUUUUUUUCCGGAAUACAAGAUUUCCAUAAUUGCACAAGGAGUUUAAAGUUUUAAAUAUUUACCAGGAAAUUCAUUGUAACACAGAUCUUAUGUAAAAGCAUUUUCCCACCCACCUGAGGGAAUAUUUAUUGCAGAUUUUUUGUUCAGCAACAUUUAGUGUUUAGAUGAAAGUUGGACGGUUGAGUCUUAAAACCUUUAUUUGUAAAAUGAGUUAUGUACAAAUGUAAAGAUUUGUAACUUAAUGUAUUUACCACAUUGACGGUACUAAUUAUUUAGUAGUCACACUGAAAUUUUUUAUGUUAAUAACUGUGGAGUUCAGAGCCCAGCUGUUGGUCACAAUCACCUAAAGUUGUGUAUCUUAAGUGCCGCUGAAUUCCAUGUCUGAUGAUGACCCGUUUGGGCAUAUAUCCUGCUGGGUUAGACUAAAUAAAAUACUUUAUGUUUUUUGUGAAACCCAUUUGAAAUUUUAGAUCAAAGCACUUCAUUUUAUCUUCUUAAUGAUACUCUCUGUUAUUCAAUAAAAGGAAAUGUAUUUACUUAGCACUUCAUAUUUUGAAAUUAAAAAAAAAUAUCCUA